CCUUGGCUGCACAACCUUCGGCACAGAGGAACCGAGACACCCGUCUGAUGUGUCAAUGAGUUUCGGGGAGGGAGCUGGUCACUUCCCAGCCAUGUCUGAGCUGAAGUCCAGCAAUGCCUACCUGUCCCUGAGCCCCAGCUACUCGCAGAGCCUCUACGGAGCUCUCCGUGGUGCGGAAAGUGCCAGGGGCUUCCCGGGGCCGCCAACCAUGGACUUUAACCCCAGCUCCAGGAACAAGUCGGCAGACAGCAGCGACGAGCACAGCGGGGAUGAUGAGGACAGCUUCGACCCAACCAAGACCAGCUCGUCAUACGAUAACGACCUGAAACUGAAUGGAAAAAAGCCCAAGGAGCAGCGCUCCCUGAGACUGAGCAUCAAUGCCCGGGAGAGGAGGAGGAUGCAUGACCUAAACGAUGCCCUGGAUGGCCUCAGGUCCGUCAUUCCCUAUGCCCACAGCCCAUCAGUCAGAAAACUUUCCAAAAUAGCCACCCUGCUCCUAGCCAAGAACUACAUCCUCAUGCAAGCCCAGGCGCUGGAGGAGAUGAGAAGGCUGGUGGCAUAUUUAAACCAAGGGCAGAACCUUAGCAGCUCUCUGACCAGCACCCUGGCACCCUUUGGACAGUCCCCUGUCUACCCCUAUCCUGGGGCCACUGUCCCCGGCUCUUCGGAUAAAUGUUCUGCCUUCCCUGCUGGCACAUCCGGCCUCUGCAAGCAUUGUACAGACAAACCAUGAUGGACCUUCUCAGAUGCCCACUGAAAUUGGAGGACUUGUGAACCUGGACACUCAACCUCCAUCAUCGUCUCCAUCGUCUUCUCCAGCACAAGGUCCAAUCUUACUUUUUGUCCGGACCAUAAUCAGCUAAAAUAUUUUUCUCAACCAGCUCAAGAUGUCCUCUUCUUCAGGAGUAAGGUCC